GCUCUUAGCUUUCUCAUCCGUUUGGUUUCCGAGAAUCUGCGGGAAAAUCCCAAGUCUGAAGAGAGAAAAAUGGCGCAGGCGCUAGCAACGCCCGUUGCGAAUUCCCUCUCACUCAUGUGCAAUUGGACGAGCACGAGUCCUCUCGCUCGUAAUACUCUUACUCUUCCAGUUUCCAUCGCCCCGAAGAGCCUAAGCAUACGGUGUGCUCGUGUUGGAGGUGUGGAGAUUCCGAACAAUAAGAGAAUCGAAUACUCACUUCAAUACAUUCACGGGAUUGGUCGCACAAGGGCACGCCAGAUUCUCAACGAUCUCCAGAUGGAGAACAAGAUCACCAAAGACUUCUCCGAGGAAGAACUAACCAUUAUCCGUGAGGAAGUCUCCAAGUAUAUGAUCGAGGGUGAUCUGAGGAGGUUCAACGCACUGGCGAUAAAGAGGUUGAAGGAGAUACAGUGUUACAGAGGGGUGAGGCAUAUACAAGGGUUGCCAUGUAGGGGACAGAGAACCAAGAACAACUGCAGGACUCUCAAAGGUAAGAAAGUCUCCAUCGCUGGCAAGAAGAAAGCUCCCAAGUAACAAGCUUUUUAAUUUAGCCCCUUUUUUGUGAAAACUCUACUCUGCUUGUGUGACUUUGUUGUUGGAUUUUGAAUCUUGGGUUUUGGAAUUGGAUUAUAUGUUUAAUA